UUUGUCAUGUCGCAAGAUGACGGCUGGUGGUCGUGGCAGUGGCGCCAGUGGCAGCACGGCGCAACCCAAGCAGCUGAAGCAGGCACAGCAGAAGCAGCAGCAGGGGAGCAGGCGAGGGAGGAGGGGCAGACAAGAGCAAGGAGGGGUUGCAACGUGCGCAGACGCCGGGACACCAGAAGCAAAAGACACGGCCGAAGUAGAGGAGGCAGCAGCAAAGGAUCAGGCAGCAGCAAAGGAUCAGCCCAUCUCGGAGCAGGCGAUGAAGCGCAGCAAACUGGACAGCGCGGCGGUGACGGCGGUGACGGCGGUGACGGCAUCCUCAGCCGCAGGCGAGGCUUCCUCGUCAGCGAUAGCAUCGUCCCAAGCUCCGAGUGCAGAUCAGACUACCGCCACCGCCGCUUCCAACACGUCAGAAUCAGAAGCUGGAUCUCACACGCCCACCACUGCCAAACGGCGACGCAGCGCGCCAAAGCGCCAGCGGAAGCAGCCACGCAAGACGAGCAGCUCCACCGCAGCCAGCAAGGAGCCCAACAAGGAGCUUGCGGGGGACGGCAGCAAGGUUGGCGCCGACAGCGAAGCUGUGGGCGAUUCCACGAACCAAGCAGCGUCUACUUCUGAAGCGACGCAGGAUGGCGCCAAACAAGGAGAUCAGGCAGAUCAGGCAGAUGAAGCAGAUGAGGCCGCCAAAGCAGAGGAGAAGCUGUACUUGCAAGCGGGCGUCUAUUCGUACACCUUUAAGCGUGCUAAUCCGCCUCCACUCAGGCCAGAGCGCACCAACUUCAAAGGCCGCGAUGACUACGUGUGCAGGGGACUGCCACUCCCCAUCUACAAUGGCCUCAACCUCCUCUGCCAGCCGGAGCCGUUUCGGCUUCCCGCGUCGUAUGUGCAAGCGAGCCGGCAAGGGACGCUGGCAAUUACGGAGGAGGCCUGUGCACCCUUUCGCAAGAUCCGCGUCAAUGUCUUUGUUGACAAGGAAACAGAGCAGUUUAUGGCAAAGCACCGGCAAGAAGUGAGCAGAUGCGAAUGCAUUCCACCCCCUGAUGGCGGCCCAGGCUGCACGCACGAUUGCCUCAACAGACUCAUGUAUUCCGAGUGCGGGCCAGACUGCCCCUGUGGACGGCAGUGCACAAACAAGCGGUUCCAGCAGCGCGCGUGGUGCACAGCCAUUAAACGUGCACCGACUCCAGGAAAAGGAUACGGCGUCUUCGCAACGGCAUACAUCCCAAAGGGCACGUUUGUUAUUGAGUACACGGGAGAGAUUAUGACGAGCAGCGCAUUUACGCAACGCGCAAACACCCUCUACAGGGCGCGGAAACACUUCCACUGCCUGAACCUUGACCGAGGCCUUGUGAUUGACGCUGGGCAGGCUGGUAGCGAGGCGCGCUUCAUCAACCACAGCUGCGACCCCAACUGCCACAUCGAGAAGUGGAACGUCAACGGCCACUGGCGUGCGGGCGUGUUUGCGUCGCGCGACAUCAAGGGCGACGAGGAGCUCAGCUACGACUACAACUUCCACAACUUCAACGAGAAGCUGGUGUGCCGGUGCGGCGCCGCCAACUGCCGGGGAGAAAUCCGGCCGCGAACUUCAAAUGAAACACUCGCAGCGCGAACACGCGCGCACACACACGCACACCUGUCACGCAAGCAGCGGAUUCAGAAGAGCACAGAGGGCGCUGAGCUGUUCAACGACUUCUUGUGGCGCAGGGUGAAGGGGGAGGACAUGUGUGCCGAGUUUUCGCCGCUGCUCAAGAAGACGCAGCGCAUCGCCCGCGACCGCCGCGUGUUUCUCCUUAGAAACUUCAACCUGCUUCAGCAGGCGCACACCAUGCGUUCGAUGGAGGGAGACAUCAAGGCCGCCGUGAGCGAACGACGAAACGAAUUCAUCUCUGCGUUUCAGGCGAAAUUCCGACAGCUGCGCGGCGCCAGCGCUGGCGGGAGCGUCCGCAGUACAGCGGCGCGGAAAACGACGGGCAUCAGCGAAGAGUGGCAGCUGGACAUACGCGCACACAUGGCUGUUGUUCUGGACAGCUUUCUGAAGGAAGUUAUGAACCAUCGUGACCCCAAGUCUGGCCGGAAACUUGCGCAACCGUUUGUCAACUUGCCCGCGCCACACCGCUACCCGCGAUACUACAAGGUGGUGUCCCGCCCCAUCUGCUUGUCGUCCAUCCAGCACGACGUCAGAUCCGGCGCCUACGGAUCGCCGGCGCCGUUCAUUGCGGACAUUUCACUCGUUUGGAAAAACGCGAAACUCGUCAGCCAGCCAGGCUCUGAGCGACACACGUGUGCAUUGAAGAUGGAGGAGUAUUCUCUGCUGCGUUGGAAACAGCACUACUACGAUGCAGUCAAGGCUGCGCGGCGCGAUGCGAUUGGGACCAACACCGCCCACUACCAGACGAUCCUUGCGCGAAUGCUUCCUGAUGACGAAAUUACCAGAUGCGUGUGCCGCGUGCACACGGAGGAAGGACAGAUGCUGCAGUGCUCCCAGUGCAAAACGUGGCAACACGUACACUGCCUCCGCCUUGAUCCAGACAACCUUCCUGACGACCAUCACUGCCCAAGGUGCAGUGGUGCUCCUGUAGACAUUAACAUCGAACUGGAAACCGAAGUGCAGAAACUGCAAUCACUCGUGCAAGCGCCGCCAAGCGACACUGGCGUAGAUGCCGACGUGAAGCAGCAGCAGGCUAAGAUCGACAGCGCACAGCAGCGAGUCCAGACCCUGCGACAACAGGAAUUGGAGCUGAAGACGCGCGUGCGCGCUGCGAAGCAGAACCGAAACAAACUUUCAAAGGAGCUCACUGCACUUGAGCGCGCGUCCUCCUCCUCAUCGACACCAACACGUCGCAGAUCACGCGGGCGGCGGCGGCGGUCCAGUGCACAGAAUGGUGGUGAAGAAGAUGGUGGUGGUGGUCAGAGCUGUGACGGUGACACGAGCAGUGACGUUGGUGAAGCUGGCGGUUCGAGCAGGAGCCAAAGCGUGCAGCAGCACCACCAAGUGUACCAAGAACAGCCACAGCAAACGCAACCACAACAACAAUUGCAACGGGGACAGCCACAGCCACAGUCACAGGAGCAACAACAGCAAGAGCAAGUACAACAGCAGCAGCAAGAACAAGAGAGACGACGCGCGUGCGAGUCUGCAUUGACGCUGGCGGAGGUUGAGCUGUCAACACUCGUGCUGGCGCUGUCUGGCGCGCGCAAAGACAUGCGGGCAGCGGAGGCGGGGGAGCGAGCGGCGAGAGCAAGACUGGAUGCGCUUCUAUUUGAGAAGAGCACAGCAACAGCCGUCUUCUACAGAUCACUGGAAACGAGUGCUGGGCAUCUGCAUCUCGGCGCGUUUGUGUAUGUGCAGCGAUCUGCCCUCGUCGGCGACGAGCAGCCGCCAAUUUCAAAACCAGCAAUCGUCCAAAUCACAAUGUUGACGAGGGACGUGCGUACGGCUUCAGUUUCCGUCUUUGGGCAGCUGUUCUUCUACCCCGCAGAGACAUUCGUCCACCACACCCAGCGCUUUUACGCCAACGAGGUUGCGUUUACAUCGACGACUGUUGAGUUUGCGCCGGACGAUAUUGCUGGCAACUGUUUCGUCAUGACACCAAAGGAAUACGUGCACAUGCGACCGCUGUGUGUUGCGGCAGAUGAUGUGUAUGUGUGCGAGUACCGAUACGCACCGGAAACGCGCUCGUGGGCGUCCAUCAAGACCUUCGAUGCGUUUCCGCUUCCCCUUAAUCGCACCUUCUUUCGGAUUUUACCGGAGAAGAACGACAUUCAGCGCUCGCUGACAGUGGAUGGCAAGCAGGCCUCGUCGCAGGGAAGCAGGCGAAAGAGUGUCAAGGCGGAUGGCAUGUCGCUGGGCGGCGACUUGUAUGUGACGUUCAUCACACGCGAGGAAGGCGACACGCGCUGGCCACCGUUUGAACGAGAGCUCCAACUCCAACGACACGGUGCGAGUGCGAGCGCACGUGCCGCCACACCUGAGCCGCGCCCACCGCUGAUGGUGAUUGUGGAGGAUUUGCGGGAAAAGCUGAAGGACCGCGCAAUCAAGAGUGUGCCGCGCUCGAGCGUGCCCGAGGUCAUUGAUGCCUCGUACCUCCUCGCAGAUACCAAGCGCGCCCAGCGGUUCCUCGCUCGCACAACACCAACAAUAGCAACAGCAGCAACAACGCCAACAACAGCGAAGACAAGACCCGCCUUGCCGCCACCUGCGUCAGCACCCUGA